AUGGCCGCGAACCCCUUAUCUCAGCCAGAGCAUUCAGUACCAGUACAAAGCGAGAAUAAUCCCGAAACAUCCCUAUGCCGAAAGCGACUACCGCACGAUGCCUAUACCAUCGGAUGGACCGCCGCCAGAGCCAUGCUAGAUGAAGAGCACGAACCUCUCCCGACCCCUCGUAAUGAUCAUAAUGAACCAACCCUGCGGCGACCGUCGCGACCUCUUAUGAUAAAUACGUUCUAG